AUGGUACGCGAGAUUAUCAACGUGCAAGUUGGCCAGGCCGGCAACCAGCUUGGCGAGGCAUUCUACAAGACGUUACUUGCGGAGCAUGGGCUUAACUACGAAGGGGCGUACGAGGGAAACGAUCCUCAACAGCUUGAACGAGCCAACGCUUACUUCUCUGAAGUUGAAUCUGUCGGAGGCGCAGUUAGAUAUGUACCGCGGAGCGUUCAAGUUGACUUGGAGGCCGGCGUGCUUAAUCGCAUUCGAAGUGGUCCUCUAGGAAAGCUCUUCCGCCCCGAUACCUUCGUACAUGGUGAAGCUAGUGCUGGAAACAACUGGGCAAAAGGCUAUUACACAGAAGGGGCUGAAAUUGUUGAUUCUAUUUUGGAUGUCGUCCGGAGACAAGCAGAAGCAUGCGACUCCAUUCAAGGCUUUCAGAUUACGCAUUCUCUAGGAGGAGGAACCGGUUCCGGUCUAGGAACGCUUCUCCUGUCUAAAAUCCGAGAGGAAUAUCCUGACCGCAUACUCUCUACUUUCUCUGUCCUUCCGUCGCCUAAAGUUUCUGAAACAGUAGUCGAGCCAUACAAUGCCAUGCUCUCUGGUCAUCAGCUGGUCGACAACAGCGAUUUGUCUAUUUGUAUCGACAAUGAAGCAUUAUAUGACAUCAACUUCCGUUUAUUGAAAAACAAGGAUCCGGACUUCGCUGCUCUCAACACACUUGUUGCGCAAGUCAUGUGUGGUGUCAGCACGAGCCUUCGUUUCCCUGGUCAGCUUAAUGGUGACUUCCGCAAAAUGGGCAUGAACCUCGUUCCCUUCCCUCGUCUUCACUUCCUCAUGCCGAGUUAUGCUCCGUUCUACGACCCGAAGGCGAGGUCUUAUCAAUCGGAGAACGUCAACGAUCUGACACACUCGCUGUUCGACCGUAAAAACUUGUUGGUGGCCUGUGACCCGAGACUUGGACGUUAUAUGACUGCUGCUGUGGUUUUCCGUGGUGACGUACAUUCUCAAGAAGCAAAGGCCUCUAUCGGUCAAAUUCAGUCUAGGAACUCUGGCAUGUUUGUCGACUGGAUUCCGGACAAUGUUUCCAUGUCCUUGUGCUCCGUUGCUUCCGCCGCCUCCAAGAAGUCUGCGACAUGCCUAGCAAAUUCAACCUCUAUCCAGGAGGUCUUCAAACGCACACACGCGCAGUUCACUGCUAUGUUCAAGCGUGGCGCGUUCUUGCACUGGUACACAGGUGAGGGUAUGGAUGAGAUGGAGUUCACGGAGGCAGAAAGCAACACACACGAUUUGAUUGCCGAAUACCAACAGUACCAAGAAGCGGCAGGAGAAGAAGCAUACGAAGAAGAGUACGAAGAGGAACUGCCCGCCGAAGAAGCCGAGCAAUGAACUGCGUUCGAGCCACCGCUCUAUUCCGUUCUUCUCCCUUCUCGCUCACCUCUUUUCUUCGUACAACCCCAUGUCGCUUACCACACGUCCCCUGCUUUGCUUAAACCAAUAAAAUGACUAACACUCGUCUGCUGGCACAUACCUACUCCCCC